UUUUAUUUAGUGAUGUUUUGUCCCUAAGAAAUAGAAUACUGGAUAUUAUACUCGGUGCUAUUGGUAUGUGUGUAUGUUCUUCAAAACAGGUUAUGUCGAAUGCAGUGCACGACAUCAUUGGAUAUAUUCAAUCAUAUAACUUUCAAAGAGAUUCAAGAUAAUUGCAGUGAAACGUGUUUUAAUCGUGUUCUGAAAGAAAAAAAACAACACAAUGUCUUUACGUUCAUAUUCGUUUCUGAGAGGAAUAUACAAGCUGUAUGGCAGAAAAUUUAGCAUGGCUGUUAAUAUAAAGAAUGAACAAGAGAAUCAAAUAUCUUCUUUUCGUACAAUAGAGAACAAUCCAGUUAAUCACAACACUGAUUACAUUGCCAGAUUAUAUACAAUACCAACAGACAUUCAGCAGCAACUCUUUCACUAUGGUGGCCUUCCCCGAACAUUUAUGAAGCAAAUUACCACUUUCCAAGAAUGUUCGAUAUUGAUCAGGCAACCUGCAAUUGAAAUUAUGUCUUAUCUCAAUCAGGCUGAUUAUACAAGGCCUGUCAAUAAGUAUAUUUUAUAUGGAAUAUAUGGGACAGGGAAAAGUAUUACAUUAAGUCACAUAUUGCAUUAUGCUUUUAUGCAAAAUUAUGUACUUAUUCAUGUACCUUGGGCUCCUCAUUGGUUUAAGGACAUGAAGGAAGUCGCGACUUCAAUAUUAUCCCCAGGUUGCAUGGACUUACCUGUUGAUGCUGGAUUAUGGUUGAAACAUUUCAAAAUUCAAAAUUCGAAGUUAUUUUCGCAAUUAGAUCUGAAAACAUCUAAAGAUUAUACAUGGAAUCAACGCGAAAUGACUUCGCAAGGUAUUCCUAUUUUGGAUCUCAUCGACUUCGGUAUAAAUCGCAUAAAAUAUGCCUGUGGUGUGGUAGAUGCACUGAUUAGAGAACUGAAGCUCGCCAGUAUUGCAGGGAAGUGCAAGACAAUGGUUGUGAUAGACGGAUUCAACGCGUUUACGUCGAAUCAUACGCGCAUCUACGAUGACAAUAAGAUGAUGAUUCUGCCCAAACAGGUCUCGCUGGCGAGACCAUUCUUUGAUAUAACGGAAGACGAUUGGUGCAACGGUGCAGUUGUAUUAACAGUAGACGAGAGAGCAACUAAAGAACGACGAGAAUCUUAUCUUCCCAGAUAUCUACUUGGUAAAGAGGGUUUCGAACAUUUGGAUCCCUUCAUACCCAUUUUAGUUGAUAAUUACAAUGUCACAGAAUUCGACAGCAUAAUAGAGUAUUAUAAAGAUCGUAAAUGGAUCAGAAAUAUAACGCCUGAUGGUCAAAGAGAAUUAGAAUUAAUUACCAAUAAGAACCCAGCUGUCUUAAUGGAUCACUGUAAAUUCUUAUAAAGAUAAUUGUAUAAAGAUAUUUAUAAUAAAAUUUGCAAAAUUUUUUGGUGCUCUUC